AUGCGUUUUGCAUCCACUUCCGUCCUCGCUAUCCUGGCUCUCUCCUCCCAAACACAAGGCCAAAACCUCGGCGAUACCCUUAACAGCCUCACCUCUGAAGUCGGCGGCGCAAUCGACACUGCUACCAGCCUCGCAGGCGGAGCCCUUUCCACCGCAACCAGCGUCCUCGGCGGCGCCCUCUCCACAGGAACAAGUCUCGCAGGCGGCGCAUUCUCCUCAGGAACCAGCCUCGCAGGUGGUGCAUUCUCUAGCGGUACAAGUCUCGCCGGGGGAGCAUUCUCGACCGCUACAAGUGCUGUGGGAGGAGCCCUGUCAACUGCCACCAGCGCGCUGCAGUCAGAACUGAGCGCUAUUGCGUCUGAGGCGUCGGCGCGGGUGUCGAGUAUUGAGAGUGUGGCAUCGACAGCUACGGGCGCUGUGAAGAGCAGCUUAGCGAGUGAGGCGAGCAGUAUCAGUGCUGCUGCCGCGUCGAGGGCCAGUUCGGUCGGUGCGAGGGUAUCGAGUGAUCUGGCUGCUGCAACGGGUAAUGGAAAUGGAAGCCCAACCAGCUCGUCGACCGCGGGUGCGGCGGUGAUGACUGCUGCUCCUAUUUGGGGGGCUGCUAUUGGAGCGGCGUUGUAUCUGAUCUAG